ACGUGCACUGUCCCUGUUUUCAUGUGAACCAUUGGCUCUAUAUGCACCAACCUCAUCUCUUAUAAUCGUCGCAUCCAUCCUUGAUUACUUGGGUUGGCUUGGCUUGGCUCUUUCCCUUCUGCAAAUGCUUCAAAUCAAGAUAGUUAGGACUCUGUAGGGUGAUAAAGGCAUCGCUCACGUCGCUGGAUACAAAGAUGCAGGCCUUGUUGCUUCAUUUAGUUCUUGCUUCAUUUGUCUUCUUGAGCUCUAUCAGAGAUGGGAGUGCAGGAAUCACUAGUUCUUUCGUUCGGUCACUGUGGCCAUCGGUUGACAUCCCCCUUGAUCAUGAAGCAUUUGCAGUUCCAAAGGGUUAUAAUGCACCUCAACAAGUGCAUAUCACGCAAGGUGACUAUGAUGGAAAAGCAGUAAUCAUCUCAUGGGUGACCACAGAUGAACCAGGGCCAAGCAAAGUGGAAUUUGGCACAUCAGAGAAUAAAUUUCAAGCUAGUGCAGAAGGCACAUUUACAAACUACACUUUCUACAAAUACAAGUCUGGUUACAUUCAUCAUUGUCUUAUUGAAGGCCUUGAGUAUAAUACUAAAUACUACUAUAGAAUUGGAAGUGGUGAUUCUUCUCGAGAAUUUUGGUUUGAAACACCUCCUAAAGUUGAGCCAGAUGCUCCCUACAAAUUUGGGAUCAUUGGUGAUUUGGGCCAAACGUUUAAUUCUCUUUCCACUGUUGAGCACUACAUACAAAGUGGAGCACAGACUGUCUUAUUUGUUGGAGAUCUUUCCUACGCUGAUAGGUACCAAUACAAUGAUGUUGGUUUACGGUGGGAUACAUGGGGCCGAUUUGUUGAAAGGAGUGCAGCAUAUCAGCCAUGGAUAUGGUGUGCUGGAAAUCACGAAAUAGACUACAUGCCCUACAUGGGAGAAGUUGUUCCUUUCAAGUCCUAUCUUCACCGAUAUACUACUCCAUAUUUGGCCUCCAAAAGCAGCAGCCCCCUCUGGUAUGCAAUCAGGCGCGCGUCUGCUCAUAUAAUUGUACUAUCAAGCUAUUCGCCAUUUGUAAAGUACACUCCUCAAUGGAGGUGGCUCAAAGAAGAGCUGAAGCAAGUUGAUAGGGAGAAGACACCUUGGCUCAUUGUUCUCAUGCACGUGCCGCUCUACAGCAGUAAUGAAGCUCACUAUAUGGAGGGUGAAAGCAUGCGAUCAGUUUUUGAGAGCUGGUUCAUCAAGUACAAAGUUGACGUGAUUUUUGCUGGCCAUGUCCAUGCUUACGAAAGAUCUUAUCGUUUCUCCAAUAUAGACUACAACAUAACAAGCGGUAACCGGUAUCCCAUAGCUGACAAAUCAGCACCAGUUUACAUAACAGUCGGAGAUGGAGGAAAUCAAGAAGGUCUUGCUUCAAGGUUCAUGGAUCCACAGCCAGAAUACUCAGCAUUUCGAGAAGCCAGCUAUGGACACUCCACAUUGGAGAUAAAAAAUAGGACACAUGCUGUCUACCACUGGAAUCGCAAUGAUGAUGGCAAGAAAGUGCCAACUGACUCUUUCGUAUUGCAUAACCAAUAUUGGGGAAGCAAUCGGAGAAGAAGAAAACUGAAGUAUUUUCUAUUGAGAGUUAUUGAUGAAGUGACCAACAUUUAAUGGGGAACUAGAAGCACUAUGAUAUUUGACGUUGUGAAAAGAAUAAAAAUGUUCACCCUGAAUUAAUAUAUGCAGUUCAAAAGACUCUGACUGAGCGAAAUGCAGGUAGUCAGAAAUGGUUCUAUGUAUUUUGCUUGUAUGCUUGUAUUCCACAACGCUUGUAGCAGGAGAAAAAUGAUGAGACCAAGACAAACUUUUAAGUAGAAAGAUGAUCAUGUUUCCAGUUCAAUCUUUUUAUAUUGAGUGAAUUACUGUUUUAUUAUUUGAAGA